AUGGAUGGAAACACUGUUUCUAGAUUAAUGGGAAACGGAGCUCAUCAGAUCAACAGGAAGAUUCUGCAGACGUUUCAAAACAGCUUUGUUCAGGUGCAAAACAUAUUGGACCAAAACAGAUUGCUGAUUAACGAGAUAAACCAAAAUCAUGAGUCCAGAAUUCCAGACAACCUCGGACGAAACGUUGGUUUGAUACGAGAAUUGAACAAUAACAUGAGGAGGGUCGUUUAUAUUGAUAUUAAUCUCUCUAACAACUUCUCCAAAUCCAUGGAAACUUUGUCAGAGGAAGACUCAGCCGAACGAGGAGGAGGCGAGAAGAGAAUCAGGCCUGCUCUGAACUAGAGUUUUUAUAGUUAAGCUAGAGAUUGGGGGUUGUUUCUGCGUCAUUUGUUUUCUAUGUGGAUUAAAUGCAAAGAAAG